UACCAACUGAAGAGCGAAGCUCAUUCAUUCCUGUUGAAAGUAGUAGAACGACCAAAUAUCCUCAAACAACCACAGAACAAAUUAGAAGUAGUACUCUUGCUCCAGAAGAAACAACUCCUUCGAUCGAAGAAAACAUUUCGUCUUCCACUCAAUCUGUCGAUCAUGCAACAACAAUGUUACAAACAGAAAGGUCAUUUGCCACAGAACGUAGCUUGCUUGCUCCCACUGAGAGUGGAAGAACAACGAAAUAUGUGGACACUACCACUGAACAAUUUUCAAUGGGUACCUCUGGUCCAAAAGAGACCACACUCUCUAGUGGAGAGAAAUCGUCCACAACGACACAGUCAGUUGAUCAUGAAACAACAAUGUCAAUGCGUGGAAUUGAUGACGGAAUCACGACUGUGCUUAGUAGUCAAUCUACAGAUGGUGUUACAACCCAAUCCACUUUAGAAAAGGAAGCACCUUACACAACUCAAAUUAUUGAUCUCGAAACCACUAUACUAGCGAUACAGGAGGUAAAUACUGUACCGACUGAAAGUGGAAGGACAAUAAAAUAUAUCGAUCCCAUUUCUUCUACUCUUUCGCCAAAAGAAACGACUCUUGCCACUGAAAAGGAUAUUUCAUCCACUACUCAAUUCAUUGGUCGUGAAACGACAUUGUUGCCUACUGAAAGAGAAUUUUCUACAGAGCAAAGCUCAUUUGGUCCAACUGAAGGCAAAACAACCACCAAAUAUGUCGAUAGUACCACAGAACAAUUCAAAAGCAGUCCUAUUUUAGAAACAACAACUGUUGUUAGUGGCGAAAAAACGCAUACCACAGAGUCCAAUGUUCAUGAAACGACAUUGAAACCAACAGCAAAAGGUUUCAGUACAGAAGGAGGCACAUUUGCUCCGACUGAGAGUGGUGAAACUACAAAAUAUUUCGAUACUACCACUGAACAAUUCACAACGAGUGGUUCUGCUUCAAAGCAGACGCCUCUCGCUGGCGAAGGACGAAUGUUCACAACAACUCAAUAUAUUGAUCAUGAAUCGACUAUAUUGCCAACAGAAAAAUUAUCUACCACUGAACAUAGUACGUUUGUUCCAGCUGAAGGUGGUACAACAGCCAAAUACUUCGAUAUAACCACUGAGCAAAUAAAAAUUAGUACUGGUAUUCCUCCAAAAGCAACGACUCUUCAAAGAGAGGAUAAAUUUCCGACGACCACUCAAUUUGUCGAUCACGAAACCACUUUACCACCAACAGAAAAACCUUCUGGUACUGAACGAAGCUCAUUCAUUCCCAAUGAUGGCAAAACUACAAUUAAAUAUAUCGAUACUACAACAAGUACUUAUAUUCCAAAAGUAACGACUUUUUCGGGUGAAGAGAAAAUUUCAUCAACUUCACAAUCGGUUGACCAUGAAACGACUUUAUCACCUACAGAAAAGACAUUUGUUACUGAUCGUAACACCUUCAUUCCGAUUGGCAGAACACCGAAAUAUGAUGAAACAACCACGGAACGAUUGAAGACGACUACUUUCGCUCCUCAAGUAACCACAAUGCGUGGUGAAGAAAAAUUACCUACUACAAUGCAAUUCGUUGGUCGUGAAACCACUUUGUUGUCUACUAAAAAAUCAUUUUCCACUGAGCGUAGUACGUUCGCUCCAACCGAAGGUAGUAGAACAACUAAAUAUUUCGAUACAACUACUGAGCAAAUAAAAACUAGCACUGGUAUUCCCCCAAGAGCGACGACUCUCCAAAGGGAGGAUAAGAUUCCUUCGACCACUCAAUUUGUCGAUCAUGAAACCACUUUACCACCAACAGAAAAAACAUUUGCUACCGAACGAAGCUCAUUCAGUCCUACUGAGAGUGGAAUAACGACUAAAUAUGUCGAAACAACUACUCAAGAGCUUAGAACUAGUUCGGUUCCACAUAAA